AGUCUCGUGCGGCUUGGGGAGCCCGACAACGCCGGGUCCGGGGAGCCGCCCGCCACGCCCGCGGGGCUCGGCGCCGGGGGAGACCGCGUCUGCUUCAACUUGGGCCGCGAGCUUUAUUUCUACCCGGGCUGCUGCCGCCGCGGGAGCCAACGGUCUAUCGACCUCAACAAGCCAAUUGACAAGCGGAUCUAUAAAGGCACCCAGCCCACCUGCCAUGACUUCAACCAGUUCACAGCUGCCACAGAGACCAUCUCCCUGCUGGUGGGCUUCUCGGCGGGCCAGGUGCAGUACCUGGACCUCAUCAAGAAGGGCACCAGCAAGCUGUUCAACGAGGAGCGGCUGAUUGACAAGACCAAGGUGACCUACCUGAAGUGGCUGCCGGAGUCGGAGAGCCUCUUCCUGGCGUCGCACGCCAGCGGCCACCUGUACCUGUACAACGUCGGCCACCCCUGCGCCUCGGCCCCGCCCCAGUACAGCCUGCUGAAGCAGGGUGAGGGCUUCGCGGUCUACGCUGCCAAGAGCAAGGCGCCCCGCAACCCGCUGGCCAAGUGGGCCGUGGGCGAGGGGCCGCUCAAUGAGUUUGCCUUCUCGCCCGACGGCCGGCACCUGGCCUGCGUCAGCCAGGACGGCUGCCUGCGCGUCUUCCACUUCGACUCCAUGCUCCUCCGCGGGCUCAUGAAGAGCUACUUUGGGGGCCUGCUCUGUGUGUGCUGGAGCCCCGACGGGCGCUACGUGGUGACCGGUGGCGAAGAUGACCUGGUCACCGUGUGGUCCUUCACCGAGGGCCGCGUGGUGGCCCGCGGCCACGGCCACAAGUCCUGGGUCAACGCCGUGGCCUUCGACCCCUACACCACCCGAGCUGAGGAGGUGGCGGCGGCCGCUGGCGGUGACGGGGACCGGAGCGGGGAGGAGGAGGAGGAGGAGCCGGAGGCCGCCAGCACAGGCCCCGCCGGGGGUGCUGCUCUCUCCCCGCUGCCCAAAGCCGCCUCGGUCACUUACCGCUUUGGCUCGGCCGGCCAGGACACGCAGUUCUGCCUGUGGGACCUCACCGAAGACGUCCUUACCCCACACCCGCCCCUGGCCCGCACUCGCACCCUCCCGGGCACCCCUGGCACCACGCCGCCAGCCACCAGCAGCUCUCGAGGCGGUGAACCCGGCCCGGGCGCCCUGCCCCGCUCGCUGUCCCGCUCCAACAGCCUCCCCCACCCGGCGGGCGGCGGCAAGGCGGGGCUGGACCCCGCCAAGGUCCUGGGCACGGCGCUGUGCCCGCGUAUCCACGAGGUGCCGCUGCUGGAGCCCCUGGUGUGCAAGAAGAUCGCCCAGGAGCGCCUGACGGUGCUGCUCUUCCUCGAGGACUGCAUCGUCACCGCCUGCCAGGAGGGCCUCAUCUGCACCUGGGCGCGGCCCGGCAAGGCGUUCACAGACGAGACUGAGGCCCAGACAGGGGAAGGAAGUUGGCCCAGGUCACCCAGCAAGUCAGUGGUAGAGGGCAUCUCCUCCCAGCCCGGCAACUCCCCAAGCGGCACAGUGGUGUGA